AGCAGACGACAGCCAAUCACGUGACUGCUCACGUGACUUGUGGUCACAUGACAAAACCAGCGGGAGGCACGUCGUACAGCGGUCUGAUAGGCUACGUACUACGUACAUGUACAUAUCGACACUGGACUUCACUUCACGACCGACGGCAGGCAAGGACGGACGUGUCACAAAAGGGCUCUUAAACAUAUCAGAGAAUAAGAGAAUAUGGACAGUGAAGCCUUACUGCCGCCGGGGGUGGAGGACGAAAUAGAGGUAGAAAUUGGUUCGGCCUCGGAGGUUGGUUCCCUAAGGGCUCCCUCUGAAGCCGAAUCAACAGAAAUUAAUGUAGAAGAGACAGGCGGAUCGGCUCCAGUGGAGGCCCCCUGUGAGCCUGCCUCUGAGGCCGACCCGCCAAAAUUGCAAAUGGCGCCGCAGGCUUCGGGGACACUUUCCGAGCAUCUGCCCCUCGCAUCGCCAGGAGCAGAUACUCAGAAGAGGAAGCUCUCCGAGGCCGAGCGCGCCCAAAAAAGAUACAAACUAAAUAAACGCAGGAAAGAACGUGGGAAGCGCGCCAAACAGGCAAAGAAACUCGCCCAAGGGCCGCUUUCCGGAACUGCUGCUGGACCCUCAACCAGUGGAGGCCUUACAGUUGGGGUUGGUCGUGGCCGUGGGCAGAUGCCCACUUGGCUUAGACCACCCCAGCCUGUGGAGAGUUCCCCCACUGGGAGAGGGAGGGGAAUAACCCCACAAAUGCUGGAACAUGUUUUGGGGGAACGCCCUCGGCCACCACUGCAAGCCUUUGAUUCCCAUUAUCAUCCGGACCGUAUUGACCUCAAACGAGCAAAAACACAACUUCAGGGAGAGCCCUGUCACCCAGUCAAGGUAGUCGGGGGAAUAUGGAAUUUUUGCGACCCCGUGAGAUAUUCCGCCCCCGGCUUCCUCGACAGGGUAUUCAGGGAACUUCCUGAAGGCUACGCAGUGGCUGUGGGCAUUCAUCCAAAACAGGCCUCUGGCCUGUCGCGCUAUCAUUUCGAGGCCCUGCGAUUGGCUCUGGCUGACCCGCGAGUCAGGGGCAUUUCGGAGGUGGGCCUGGAUUGGAGCACUGACGACUCCGAGUGGGGGGCACAGGAGCAGCUCUUUGAGCGGCUCCUGGGGCUCUCCACCGGAAGAGUCCUCGUCCUCCAUCUCCGGGGGGCCAAUGGCUCGCGGGCCGGAAAUGAGCCAAUCCCGCGCUCAAUCCACAAGUUGGCACGCGACGCCAUCCGUCGACGAUGCCCGGCCACACAGAGAAUCCAUCUACACUGUUUCAUGGGCUCGCCGGACAUCGUCGAUGAAUGGACGUCGACGUUUACAUAUGCUUAUUUCGGGGUAACAGGCAGCGCAUCUUACUACUGUGGAGCCGGUGCCAGUCUCAAGAAGCUUGGCAUCCGCUCCAUCCCACAAAACCGUCUCCUCCUCGAGACAGACGCCCCCUACUUGCCCGUCCGCCCUCGCCAGGGUUGGCAAACGGAAUCAUUUAUAGGCGAUGUCGGGCAAGUGGUGGCGUCCAUUCGAGGAGUUUCCCUCAGUCAAGUACUCGAGGAGACAACAAUCAACGCCAGAGAGUUGUAUUGCCUUAAAUAAACAGGCAAUGCUACUCUCUGGCACCUGUCUCCGCCUGCCAUUUUAUUUUUUUUGUGAUAAAUGAUU